CGCAUGCGCAAAAAUAAAUGUCCGGAAAGAAUUCAUCAUAAAAUUUCGAACACUUUUGCCAAUAACUUAAGAAUAGGAGAAUUUUAAUUUGUUAUUACACAAAAUAACAACGUUGCUAGUAAGAUGGCAGACCAGGAGCAAAAGGGGAACCAGUUAAUGAUAGAAGCUGCAAAAAAAUUUAAGUCAUCACAAGGAUUUUUUGGAUCUUUUGGAGGGAGUGCAAAACAAGAAGAGGCCUCAGAGUUGUAUGUGCGAGCUGCAAAUUGUUUUAAGAUGGCAAAGAAAUGGCCAGCUGCUGGUCAAGCAUUCUGUGAGUCAGCCAAGAUUCAAUCUGCACUUGGGUCCCGCCAUGAAGCAGCCACUAACUAUGUAGAUGCAGGCAAUUGUUAUAAAAAGGCUGAUCCACAAGAGGCUGUUAACUCUAUCACAAAAGCUAUAGACAUAUACACAGAUAUGGGAAGGUUCACAGUGGCAGCCAAACACCACGUUACAAUUGCAGAAAUCUACGAAACAGAAGCUGUUGAUAUUGACAAGGCUAUAGCCAACUAUGAACAAGCUGCAGACUAUUACAAAGGAGAAGAGUCCAAUAGCUCUGCGAACAAAUGCUUAUUAAAAGUGGCCACAUUCGCUGCACAGCUUGAACAGUACAGCAAGAGUAUAGAGAUUUAUGAACAGGUGGCAGGCAAAUGCAUUGACAAUAACCUUCUCAGGUACAGUGCGAAGGAUCAUUUCUUCAGGGCCGCCCUGUGUCACAUGAGUUUAGACAAACUUGAUGCAAAGAUUGCUUUAGACCGCUAUAAAGACAUGUUCCCUGCAUUUGCUGAUAGCAGAGAGUGUAAGCUAGUUCAGACCCUACUAGCUGCAUGUGAAGAUGAGAAUGUAGAUGCAUUCACAGAUGCAGUUAAAGAAUAUGACUCAAUCUCUCGGCUAGACCAGUGGCUGACUACCAUGUUAUUAAGGAUUAAGAAAACUAUCGAAGGAGAAGGAGACUUACGAUAGACUUUAUCACUGUUAUGUAGUCAUAGAAAUAUUAUAAAGGCAUUAUUAUUGUAAAAAUUUUAAUCUAUAAAUAUGAUUGUGAAUGUUAUAUGGUAUUGUACAGUUUUACAUUACACUUUUUUGUUGCCUGUUUUUCGGUUAGAUCAAGAUUCAUUUCAUAUCUGCAAUCAUAAUGUUGACUUAUACUCAACAGACCUUUGCUAAAUUGCUUUGAAAUUUGGUUGGUUGAUGUUCCUUUUGAACAUGGCUUAUAAUAAGCAUUGUGAAAAUAAGGACUACUCUUGUUUUAUGAUUAUUAUUAGUAUAUUGGAAAAGGCUGGUGUAUUUUGCUUGAUUGUUUUUCUAAAUCUAUGUAGUCUACAGGGUGGGCCAAAGUUGACAAAAUAGGUUUGAUGAGUGUCAAGUCUUGCAUGAAAAAACUUUAUCAUUUGUCAAUUGAUUAUUUGAAAUUGAAAACAUUCAUGAGCCUAAAAGAGCUGCCAUUUAUUGUAUAUAAACUGAACCCUGUGCAAUACAAUAGAAUGUAUAAAAUAUAUACAUUAAUGUACAUUUAUAUUAUAGAAAAUAUAUAAUGUUGUAAAGUUUUUUUAAAGAGCAGUCUCAAAUGUAAAUCUUCACUACUUUAUGCUUGAAUUAUUCUUUGUGUAUAUUAACAGGGGGGGGGGGGUAUAGAGAUAUUGUAUAUGCAUUUCCAAGACCCUCUAUACACCCCCCCCCCAUUAACAUCAGUAUUUGUUGUCAGAUGUUAAUUAGAAAAUAUAUUACAAUUUAGUAUUUUGAAGUAUAUUGGAAAAUGUUUCUGUGUAUUCACAAUGGAGUAUCUCUAAAUUGAUUGAAUCCUUUUCUGAGUAACACGUACACCAAACGUGUCAUUAGACAGUGUGCCAUG